UGCUCUCUCCUGGGGCUCCGGAAGCUGGGGGCGGGAGGACAAGGCAGGAAGCCCCAGGCUACAGCCAAGAAGUGGAGUCUGACCCUGGCAGCAUGUCCUGGCUGCUGCUGUGUCCACUGGUGCUGCGGCUCAGCCUGGCAGAGGGCACCCAGACCCCCAGCUUCUAUGAUGAUGGAGAGACUACCGGGGGAGGCCAUGAAGGCACUGUGAGUGUCACGGACCCAGCCCAGCUUCACCCACGAGGCUUCCCGGGCAAGUUCUGUGCCAACGACAGUGACACGCUGGAGCUCCCCGCCAGCUCUCAGGCACUGCUGCUGGGGUGGGUCCCCACGAGGCUGGUGCCUGCCCUCUACGGGCUGGUGGUGGCCGUGGGGCUGCCAGCCAAUGGACUGGCACUGUGGGUGCUGGCCACGCGGGUGCCCCGCCUGCCAUCCACCGUCCUGCUCAUGAACCUCGCGGUUGCGGACCUGCUGCUGGCCCUGGUGCUGCCACCACGCCUGGCCUACCACCUGCGUGGCCAGCGCUGGCCCUUUGGGGAGGCUGCCUGCCGGAUGGCCACAGCUGCUCUCUAUGGCCACAUGUACGGCUCAGUGUUGCUGCUAGCUGCGGUCAGCCUGGACCGGUACCUGGCCCUGGUGCAUCCUCUGCGAGCGCGUGCAUUGCGCGGCCGGCGCCUGACCGCUGGGCUCUGCUCGGUGGCCUGGCUCUCGGCAGCCGCCCUAGCCCUGCCUCUCACUCUGCAGCGGCAGACCUUCCGGCUGGCUGGCUCCGAUCGCAUGCUGUGUCACGAUGCGCUGCCCCUGGCGGAGCAGACCUCCCACUGGCGACCGGCCUUCACCUGCCUGGCUGUCCUGGGUUGCUUUCUGCCGCUGCUGGCCAUGGGCCUGUGCUAUGGGGCCACCCUGCGUGCACUGGCGGCCAGCGGCCAGCGCUAUAACCACGCACUCAGACUGACAGCCCUGGUACUGGCCUCGGCUGUGGCCUCUUUCACACCCAGCAAUGUGCUGCUGGUGCUGCACUAUUCGAACCCAAGCCCCGAGGCCUGGGGCGAUCUCUAUGGAGCGUAUGUGCCCAGCCUAGCACUCAGCACCCUCAACAGCUGCGUGGACCCUUUCAUCUACUACUAUGUGUCCCAUGAGUUCAGGGACAAGGUACGCGCCAUGUUGUGUCGCCAGCCAGAGACCAGCAGCUCUUCUCAGGCCUCCAGAGAGGCUGGAAGCCGAGGGACUGCCAUUUGCUCCUCUACACUUCUGUGACAGGUGGUUGAGGCGGGAAGGGGGGCAUUUGGGGUUGACCAGAUCUCCCCUUUAACUGCAUCCCUCCUGAACCCUCAGGACAUGACCUUAUUUGGAAAUACAGUUGGUGUGGCCGUCAUUAGUGGAGCUGAGGUCCGUGGAAGAAGGCGGAGGCCAAUGCCCUUGAAAAAGAGGAGCAAUGAUCCCAGUGCUAUGCACCUGUCACUGUGGAGGGAAGAGGACUAGGAGCUCAGGGUUAUCUUUGACUACAUAGUGAAUUCAGAGCUAGCCUGGGCUAUGUGAAACCCUGUCCUUAAAAAAAAAUACAGUAACAGAGCACAAGAAUGUGUAACUAUGGAGGCAGAGAAGAGUUAUGAGGCUACAAGUCAAGGGAUGCUGAGGGUGGCUGGGGUCAUUAGAACCCAUAAGUGAGACAAUUUCUCCCUCGAAGCCUCAGAGGAACCCACCCCUGGACACCCUGAUCUUGUCAAGGAGACUCUUAGAACUGUGAGCCAAUA